GCCGAGUGAGAGUGCGGACGCUGCUGGAUAUUUGUCUCGUAAUUCACUGAAGCAUCAUGUAGUCAAGGCCGCAGCCUUCCCUUCGCGAUGGCGGUGGAGGCGCGAGUGAGCGUGCAGGCCAUGAAGGGCCGGUUCGAGCAGCUCCACGAGGACGCCCCAACGCCCGCCACCCCCCCUCCUCCCGCCCACGCCCCUACGCCUACGCCCAAAGCGAGCACGUCUCCUCUGCGGCUGAGGUCGGCGUCGGUCAGCGGCGGCCAGGGGGCGUGUCCCUCGGCGCCGCAGGACAGGAAGCCGUCGGAGCGGUUCCUGGACACGAGGGAGGAGGUCAGGAAGCACCUGGGCAGCAGGUCGGCGGCGCGGGCGGAGGAGGCGGCGCCCAAGAACAGGUCGUUCCUGGCCGGCAUCGUGUCCCCGGCCUUCAUCGGGUCGCGGGGCCUGAGGUCGUCCUCCACGUCCUCCUCCCCCAAGAAGAGCCUCAAGAGGAUCGGGACGUCGGAGCUGAACCUCGUCGAGCGCGGGGCCGAGGACGAGGUCGACACGCCCCUGCGCAGGGUGUCCGACGGGAGCGGCGUCGGAGGGAAGCCCAGCGUGGUGCGGAGGAUCCCCGUGUUCAAGUCGGUGGAAGGAGGACUCGAUAACAGGCGGGAGGAGGGAGGGGGCGCCCCGAACGCCAACGGCGACCUGGGUGAACACGACCGCAAGAAGGUUCUCGGCCACGCGCGCUCGAGGUCUCACGGGAACUUCAUCAUAACGAGAGAUGUUGAGAGGGACGGCGGUGCGGGGGAGAAGGGCGUCGGCGGUGUCACGAAAGCCAAAGAAAACAUCUGGAACAAGGACGUCAUCGUGAGGGCCAUGAGGCAGAAGAGCAGCGACAACCUCUUCAACAACAGGGACUCCAGGAGCGACUACUCCUUCGAGGGCAAGCAGAAACUCGUGGCCACGGUGGUGAAAAAUAUGAGAAACAAAGAAAAGCCCAACGUUCUGAGAAAGUUUAGCUUCACUUCGAAGACUGAAAAAGAGUUAAAGAACAAGAAAGAGAAGGCAGUUGCCCCGGCUAAGAAGGACAAGCAGCAGGUCCUGCCUGUGUCCGCGCCAGAUAAAAAGCACAAGUGGAAGGACAGAGAACACAAACCAGAUAAAACCUUUACAAGUGUCAAGAAGAUUGAGAUAAAAGCAGCGUAUCCCUCUCCGGAUGGAAAGACAUCACCGACAUCGGUGAAUAUAGUAACCUCAGAUGCUGUGAUUGCAACCGCUGCGAUUGCAAAAGCAGUAGCGGAUAUUGCAGCCUCGAAGGCUGAAAUGAGCGUGGCGGACGGCGGCGAGUCCGCCAGUCCCCCUGCGACCAGCACUUCGUCAGAGCCUCCAGCCCGACCCCCGCGGCGGCGAGCAGGCCUGUCACCCCGGAAGAAGGGCAGGGCUCCGUCCCCGCCGGGCCCGCCGGGGGAGGCGCCUCAAGCACACAAGCACACUUUGUCCGAGGAUGAAGGGUCUCCUAGUCACUUACGUGCUGAGGGCCGCAAGUCAAUUGACAUCCACGAAACACGCAUGCUUGCAGAGAUCGAGCUGAGCGAUGGCAUUCAUCCAGAUGGCUUUAGAGACGCGCGGUUGCUUGCCACAGACAGACACAGGUCCUCCGACUCCCUGGCAGCAAGCAAGGUGUCCGACAGAUCGAGGCAAAGCUCCCCAGUGACGGCUCCCGAUGCUUCCCCGGUGUGGGUCAAGAGAACGUCCGUUUCUAGUCUAGGGUCCAGCAGGGGGGCGUCCCCGGUGGAGGCUGCUCUCGGGGCAGCCAGUAAGGGGGAGAAUAGAUUAGUUCCCGGCGACCUGAGAGUGCAUCUCCAGGACAGUGAGCAGCGGGCAGCCUCCAGGCUCGAGGGCGGGGCGCGCUCUCCUCAGCCGCACCAGGGCGAGAGCGCCGGUGAAUCCAAGUUCGACUUCUCGGAGAAUGCGGAGCUGGAAGGCCUCCCUGUGGGCCCCCCGCCCAAGAAGCCACCGAGGACCUUCGCCUACGACAUCUACAAGAACAGCAAGGUGUCCCGGAGUGCGGGCGAGGCCGUGGAGGGCGCGGACAGCGUCGGGGAGAGUUCCGUUUCCAGCAAUGAGAAGCUGAACGCGUCCCCAGAGCCCGUUUACGCGGUGCCGGUCAAGAAGAAGAAAGGUGAUAAGAAGCUCGACAUCAAGCCCCCCAUCAGGAGCAACAGCGACCUGUCCAAGAGGGAGCUCGUGAAGCCCUCGGUGGCGCCGAAGCCUCCCCACAUCAUGACCAAGGCCAAGAGGGCUUCCAUGGUUGAUCCGCUUUCUUGCCCGGAGAAAGACGAGGAAGCAGCCAUGACGUCAGAGUUCCAGCGUCAGGCGCACAUCCGCUACAGCCUCCGCAGACCCAAGAAGCCUCCGCCGGCGCCCCCUCAGAACCCCGAGGCCGACGGGGCGCCGCAGGACCUGGGCGGCAGUAGCAGCGACGUCGCGGGCGCCAGGGCGAACGGCCGCGUGCAUCUGAACUGCUCGUACAACAGCCUCGAGAGCCAGGAGGGGCACCACGCCCACCCGAGGAGCUGCACCAGCAGCCCUCACGACCUGAACUCCGGCGCGUCCGACGUCGAGCUGAGCCCGACUUCGAAGUCCUUCUCGAGCGGCCACAGCAUCGGCAGCAACGACUCCGACCACUUGAAGGCCCCCGCGGCGGCGCUGAGGCUAACGGCCCACUCCACGUACAACCUGCGGACGUCCUCCCCGACGGCGGGAGACGACCAGCCGUCCUCCCUCAUCCACUGCCCGACGGCGAGUCCCACGGCGCUGUCGGCUCUCUUCAGGAAGCGGAGCAUGAGUGACGAGACGCUGUACAAGGGCGCGAGGCACGGCGAGGAGCCUAUUUAUGCCACGCCCAUUUUCACAAGUAACAAGGGGUCUUCUGGACAUUCAAGGCAGAGAGAGCUCCACUACAUGUGUUCCAUACUGUUCUCGAACGACGAGGAGGCAGACGGAGGCCGCGACGGGGCGAGGUGCCGGAGGAACAGCCGAGGAGGAGGAGGAGGAGGAGGAGGAGGAGGAGGGGCAGGAGGAGCGUCAGGAGCAGAUUCCUCCGCCGACGGAAGCAAGAACCGCGCGGGGAUCAUCUCCGUGUGGAAGAGGGAGUUCCGGCAGAGCUGCAGACACGUCCAGAACAAGAUUAAGAAGUCGGUCAUCAGAUAGUCGGAGUGUUUUUGUUUGUGUUUUUGUUUUUUGAGUGAGUAGG